AUGAGUAAAUACGGAACCCUGGUCAUGGGCCCUGCGGGUGAGAUGCAUCUCUGCGCCGGAAAAAGUACCUUUUGCACCGCUCUCAUACAACACCUCCAAAACAGCAAGCGCCCUUGCUUCUACGUAAACCUCGACCCCGCCGCCGAAGAAUUCGCCUUCGAGCCCGACCUCGACAUCAAAGACCUCAUCAGCCUCGAAGAUGUAAUGGAAGAAAUGAGCCUCGGCCCCAACGGCGGUCUAAUCUACUGCUUCGAGUUCCUCAUGGAAAACCUCGACUGGCUGACGGACCCCCUCGAAGAAGUCACCGAAGACUACCUCAUCGUAUUCGACAUGCCAGGGCAAAUCGAACUCUACACACACGUACCCAUACUACCGGGCUUGGUCAAACACCUCAUGACGGGCUCCCUCAACAUCCGCAUGUGCGCCGCAUACCUCCUCGAAGCGACGUUUGUUAUCGAUCGGCCGAAAUUCUUCUCUGGUACACUGUCUGCCAUGAGCGCUAUGAUGAUGCUGGAGAUGCCGCAUAUCAAUAUACUGAGCAAGAUGGAUUUGGUCAAAGGGCAGAUAGCAAAGCGCGACCUCAAGCGCUUUGUUGAUGUCGAUGCGGAUCUUAUCGAGGACGAUCCUGCGCGCAAGAAGCAUACGCCGGAGGAGGAGAGGAAAUACAAAGACCCGGCGUCGACUGAGAGUCUUAUGAGCGGGUCGUCGUUUCAUAAGCUCAACAAGGCUGUCGCGGAGCUUAUCGAUGGCUUCAGCAUGGUUUCGUUCCUCAAGCUGGAUGUGCAGGACGAGGAUAGUCUGGGUGCAGUGCUGAGUUACAUUGACGACGCCAUUCAGUUCCACGAGUCGCAAGAGCCCAAGGAACCGAAGGAUAUGGAAGUCGAGUGA